AUGAAUUCAAUGAAAUUUUCAAAUAAACCAAGUUUAUAAACUUUGAAGGCUUCUAAAUUUAGUUUGAUUGCAAUAGAAUAAAGAUCUCCAAAUUCAACGAAAUUGAUGAAAUGUAUAUAUUUUAAAAAAUUGUACUUUUAGUAAAACAGUCAUGCCUCAUUUCUAACUAGAGCCCAAAGUUUAAAACUGAGAGAACUAAAACAUUCAAUUUCGGUGAAAGUGAUUAGAAAGCUACAACAAAAAUGGGGAAUUUGAAAGAGAAAAUUGGAAAAUUAAUCAUUCUAUUAUAAAAAACGAAAGGAUAAAAAGAUAUUUCUUUUUAAGUAAAAGUUGAGGAGAUGAUUGAUUAAAUGAUGAAAUUAAGUCGUGUUGAUAUUAGAAUAUUGAAAUAGUUAAGAUAGAUAAAAGAUGAGAAAGAAUAAAAGGAACAAUCUCAAUUAAAAACAAUUUUAUUUAUAAAUAGAUAAUAAAAUUAAAUAGAAUAAUUAGUAAAUAUAAUAAUAAUAAUAAUUAGAAAAAAAGAUGUUUGGAAUAUAAUUGA